AUGCGUAAGAAUGGUAAUGCGUAUUUUAUUAGUGGUGGUGUCUUACAACCAAAUGCAUUUUCAGGUUUAAAUAAUCUUAAGAAAAAUUAUCGAAAUAAAUACGAUCCUGAACGAUUAUUUGAUAAUUUAUUUUUACAACAAUUAUUUAAUCAAACCACGAGUAAUUCCAAUAAUACUAACAACGGGCGUUGUGCCUUAGAUAAUAAUUGUUUAUUUCAAACAAGUCAACAAUGCGGUUUGAAUCAACAAUGUAAAAUAACAAAUAAAAAUUAUCGAUUAUAUACUGACAAUGCAGCACUUCUUCCAAAAUGA